CCAGAGCCCAGUGUUCAGUCUGGAUAUGGAGCUCCUGCUGGUGCCGCCUCGGGACCGGAACCUAGCAUCGCAGAGGAGCCGGCGGCGUAUAACUUCGAAUACACCGUAAAAGACGAGGAGAGCGGCAACGACUUCGGUCAGCAGGAGACCCGAGACGGUGACAGCACCUCGGGCUCCUAUUACGUGCUGAUGCCGGACGGCAGGAUGCAGAUCGUCAACUACUCCGUGGACGGAGACUCCGGCUUCGUCGUUGAUAUCCAGUACGAAGGAGAGGCUAACCUCGCCGGAGCCGCGUCCGGACCCGAAGGGAACGUCGCUCCGCCCAAGCAGUCGUAUGGCUACUGAACAAAACGGCGGUUCGAAGGCUGAGUAGGUGGCGCUACUCUGAGGUCGCCAGAUGACGCGGCCAUCGCUAUUAAGCUGCGCCGAUGCAACCAAGCCACGACCUGUGUCAUCCGCCCGACUGUUGUCAGAGCACAAGUCUGUCUUUCAUGGCGGGUGCGCUCAGAGUCAUGUUCAUCAGCAAGUAAUUUGCAACGCUCUUUAAGCACGACUUGAAUCCGAUUUUGUCGACCAGGGCCGCAGGAUAACUGCAGCGUUUUUUGUCGCGAAUUUCGUGAGUUGAUCACGUCCAACGCGAGGAACACCUCGUCAGAACGCAUUCUCUGGUGUUCGUAAAUCUUGCACCAAGGCUCUGCGUUUUUCUUGUGAAUGCUAUGUGUAUUUAUGCGUAAAUUUGCGUUUGUGUACCGUCUCCCUAACAUGUAUGUCCGU